AUGCAGCCAGAGCCGGCGAAGCGGACCGCGCGCAGGGUCCCGCGGGAGCGAGCGGGCAAGGGCGCGCAGGGCGCAGGGGCCCGCGUGGGGUGUACCAAGGCGGAGCCCCCGACGCCGGGCUGGGCCCUCACGCUGGAGGGGCUGGCGGCCAUGCGGCCCGCGCAGCGCCGCAGCCACUUGCUCUUCGGCGACCUGCCGGAGGACGUGGGCGCGGCCGCUUCCGUCUUCCCGAGCGAGUCUGCGGAGCUGGGGUACCGCAUGCCGGACCCGCGCGCGUGGACGCUGCCGCUCGAGCCGCCUGCGCAGCGCCAGGACCGGGUCCUCGGCGUCCUCAAGGCCGCCGAGGCCCGCGGCCGAGUCCGCGCUCUCCGACUGCGCUACGCCCGCCUGCGGGCGGAGGAGAUCUCGCUCCUCAUCCUGCGGCAGAAGUCCGCGCGCGCCGCCCUCCGGCUGGAGCUGUUCCUGCCGCCGCAGCUGAAGCCCACGCGGAUCCCAGACCCCCUAGACCGUCAAGAGCGGAGACGCGUGGAAACCAUUCUGGAGGAGAAAGUCGACGGCAGCCUCUUCCCGCGUUGA